GAUUUCGGUGACCUACGGUCGAGCUGCCAGUCGAUACAAGUAUUUACAAACAAACACACUUGUUAGACGGAACAUUUCAAAUAGUAGUGAGUGACAUGAAAUUAUCAAAAUGAACGGAAAAAGUGAAAAAGAUAUGGAACUUACUAAUACCAAUAAGAGCACCGUAGAAGCAAAUGGAAAUAGUGUGAAAGAUAAGGAAGAAGAACCAGUGUCUUGUGGUGAAUUAAUAAAAAGAUUCUUUAAUUUCUUCACAGUUGAACCUUUUCUACUAUGUUACAUCCUACCUAUUGCUAUUUCUGGAUUAGCAGUACAAAAGUUGAAUAUAGAAAAAGCAUGUCGCGUAGACUUGAAUAUGUCUGAAGAAAUAUGUCUUAGAGCGGUGAACGGUGAUGUUAGUGAGAAUGACACGCUAGGAACAGAAGCCCAACUUAAUGCAACUAAACUGGUAGCAGAUAUGACAGCAUGGCAGAACCCUUUACAGAGCAGUUUCCCUGCUAUUGUAAUUCUGAAUGUAGGAGCGUGGAGUGACAAGACAGGCAACAGAAAAGCUUUGAUGCUGAUACCUGUUAUAGGCGAAAUUAUUUCUUCAAUUGGUCUGCUCUUUGCAACAUACUUCUUCCUAGAAUGGCCAUUGUGGGCGACUGCUUUAAUAGAAGCUUUGCCAUCAGCGCUGACAGGAGGUUACGCAAUCGCUCUGAUGGGCUCAUACAGUUUCAUAGCAGAUCUAACAUCAGUUGAAUCGAGAACAUUUAGAAUCGGAUUAGUUGGUAUUAUUGUGACAUUAGGUGUUCCAUUCGGCACAUCCAUCAGUGGCGUUUUAACAGAAGCUGUGGGUUAUUAUGGAAUAUUUGGCAUCAACUUGGGCAUAUACUUAUUCGCGUUUAUAUAUGCCUAUUUCAAGAUCCAUAAUGUGAGAACGGUUAAAUUGGAAGGAACAAGGAUGCAGAAAUUGCUUGAUUUCUUCCACCCCAGGAAUGUAUGGGACACGGUAUCAUUAGUCUUCAUGUCUCGAGGGAAGCAGUUGGUACAAAUAAUUCUGGUCAUUUGUGCGCAUAUCGUCAUCAUGGGACCGGUUUUCGGUGAAUCGGCGGUGCUUUUCUUGUAUGCUUUGACUAAGUUUAGCAUGAGUGUCGUCGAUCUCAGCUUCUUUAGUACUUAUUCCAUAUUGAUGGGUACUGCAGGCUCAGCAGUAGCAGUAACACUGUUCAGUAAGAAGCUGAAGAUGCAUGACACACUCUUAGGCAUCAUAGCCACAGCAUGUAAGACAGUCUCGGCAUACGUUUACGGGCUGGCUCCAACAAGAAACUGGUUGUAUGCUGCCCCAGUGUUCGAUUUCUUUGGAAAUUCAGGAGCUAUUGCCAUCAGGUCUCUUGGUACUAAAGUUGUGGAGCAGGAUAAAGUUGGUAAAAUAUGUUCAUUGAUUGGCUUCGUGGAAACUCUGAUACCUGUGAUAUACAUACCGUUGUACAGCAAGUUGUUCUCCAAUACUGUGGAAACUUUGCCCGGAGCUGUGUACCUGCUUGGUGGAACCAUGACUAUACCGGCAUUUUUGAUUUUUAUAGCACUGUACGUGAUGCACAGGCGACAAGAAAGAGACACAGUGAAGAACCCGGCUGAGAAGGAGAUGUAUGCGCAUGACAACGACGUCACCGCAUUAUAGUUUUAAAUACAAAAUUAUAAUACGUAAGAUAUAAUUAUAUUGCCAUAGUAAUGUUCUUAAGUGAAAAUUGAUUUACGAGUCAGAACACUUCGAGAAAUAUAGAAUACAUCACAAUGUGUGUUAAUGGAACUUCUAAGUGCAUUUUCGUCAUCAUAAGAAUGGGGCCCUAAAGUUGCUUGAAUUAAACGUGCCUUGAGGAGUAAAAAAAUUAAGUUGACACAUGAUACACUCUUACACUGUAUUUUGUGUGUUUUCUGUAUUUCAAGACAUGAUCAACAUUUUGUUAGAACGAGCCAUGUAUAUUAUUUGUAAUCAGUUUAACAUUUUGUAUUGUAAGUAAUUUGUGAUAAAUUAUGUUUUAAUAAUAUCAUAGAUAUAUCUAGUUCAUAAAAAUAAAAUAAUAUUAUAGGUACUAUUUUAGUUAUUCGGCCAUAUUUCACGGUUGAUAUUGUAACAGGUUUUAGAAACCUGAAUGAUUAACAUUAGGAUUAUUAUAUGAUUAUGCAAACAAAAUGAUAUCGUUAAUAAAUCUUGUUGU